UGGCUGAUGCAACGGAUCAGACACCGGCGUCAACAGACUUACUGUGCUGGACUAAACAGACACGCGCUUGUCAGUCCAUUUCGGAUUUCGCUGCACCAUGCCGACGGAUACCAAACGUGUGCGCGGCCCAGAAGUCUCCCAAAGUCCGUCUCUGUUUUUGUGUAAACCGGCGGCCGUCCUCCCGUCGUACGGCCCCAGAGCGGACGGCCGACAGCGGGACCAGGUGGACGUCCGGCCUGUGUUUGUCCGGUGCGGGCUGGUGAGCCAGGCCAAGGGGUCCGCGUACAUCGAGGCUGGAAACACCAAGUUGAUGUGCUGCGUUUAUGGCCCCAGAGAAACAGAGCGAAAAGAUGAGACCGAUAUGAAAUGUGGAAGGUUGACUACUGACAUGCGAUUUGCUCCAUUUUCCUGCCCGGAGAGGGGCUCCUGGAUUCAGGGGAGUCAGGACAAGGACCUCUCCCUGAUGCUGCAUGAAAGUCUGCAGCCAGCCGUGUGCCUCCACAAAUAUCCCCGCUCUCAGGUCGAGGUCAACGUGAUGGUUCUUGAGAACGGUGGUUCGGUUCUGGCCCAUGCAGUCACAUGCGCAUCUCUCGCUCUCGCAGAUGCAGGGAUUGAAAUGUACGAUCUGGUGCUUGGUUGUUCGAUCCGCCAGGAUGGCGCCUCUUAUGUGGUUGACCCCUCUUUCACGGAGGAAAACGGCUGCAGCUCAGUCAGCAGCGAGAACCAGGGCGGUCUGACUGUUGCGUUCCUCCCCAGCCUGAACCAGAUUUCGGGGCUGCAGUCAGAUGGAGAAAUGACUGAAGAGACUCUGACCGCCGGAGUUCGGACCUGCAUUGAGGGAUGCUAUAAACUGUACCCGGUCAUCCAGCAAGCCCUGGCCAAGGCUGUGCGCAGGGUUGCUCCCCCGCCAUCAGAGAGCUGAGAGGGACUCAUUAACCAAUAACUACUCAGUUCUGUUUUCUGGUUUACAGUUUCCAGUCCUUACUUUGACAACAAUAACUAUUUUUUAUGUGCUUCUUUUAUGUUCUUUAAAUGAUUUAACCAUGUUUUCUUAUUAAAUCAUUCUACAAUGCA